CCCUGCUAGAAGCCCGCCGGGGUCAGAACAGGGACUCGCGGACGCGCACUGGGAGGCGGCGGCGACUGGGCAUGCGCGGCGAGAGGAGGCGGCUUUCUCCUUGGCAGCAGAGAGCGGAUGAUGGCUCCCCUCCCUGGGGCGGAAUUUGUCAAAAGGCCCUGGCAACUUUAUCGCUACUUACUCCGUUGCUGCAAGGAGCUGCCCGGACAGAAUGUCCAAGAGCACUACAGACAUGCCAUCCGGCAGAGUUUCAAAGUUCACGCUGAUGAGGACGACCCUGCCAGGAUCCGGCAGAUUAUCCAGAGAGCGAUUGAAGACGCCGACUGGGUGAUGGGAAAGUAUAAAAAACAGAAGUAGGGGGAAGUGGAUGGAGAGAGGGCCGCUUGGAACAACAGCCUGUGAACUGGAAUCUGCACCUUUGUUUCCCCCACUGGAAAAUGCGAGAGGAAAAGCACUACCUUCACGUUGCGGACACAGCACAUCGACUGGUGGACAAGCGGACUCUUUUCUCAGCUCAACCAUCCUUGGGUGAAGAUCUGAACCUCCGUGAGUGAUGGAGGCAAAGUUUCAAGCAAGAUAACGGGCAUCCAUAUAUCGGGAAAGGAAUGCUGCAAUUCUUAUUGGCAGGACUUGAGUUUAGCAACCUCAUAAUGAACUCAACACACUAGGAUUAUUCUGGAAUAAAAGGCAGAAAUCCUUGAAGCUAA